AUGCGCGAGGCAAAGCUCAAGCCCAUCUUCCGCGGCCUGACGGUGGCCAUGGCCGGCGAGCUGGGUGGGCAGUGGACCGAGAACAACAUUGCGCGGUGGGUGCGGCUGCGCGACGGCGCCUUCAGCUACCAGAUUGACGCCUCCGUCACGCACCUGCUGUGCUCCGCCGACGAGUUCAAGAAGCGCGGCGCCAGGGUCAAGGCAGCCCUAAAGAAGCGCCUGCUGCCCGAGGCCAAGUUCUCGCUGCAGUCGCCCAAGAGGGAGCGCGAGAGGGCGAGGCGCGCGGCCCGCAUUGCCAAGGGCCGCGCGAUGGCCGAGCGAGCGGUUGAUCCGAACAUGUACCGCGUCUACAGCGACAGCACCUUCUUCGAUUACAGCGUCAAGCUGCUCAAGGACGACGGCGAGCGUGGCCUCUACGAGUCGCACGCGCUGCCGCGGCUGUACUGGUUCGUAGCCAAGUUCAUCAAGAAGAAGGGCAGCCCACCGCAAUACUACCGCCCGAGCCCGACGGCUGGCCUCUUCGCUCGCGAGUUUGCCCUGUUCCAAAUCUUCUUCCGCAUCAAGACGGGCGUCCCGUGGCCGCAUCGUCUGGUGGGAAGUGCUGUUGCUGCGGCCAGAGACAAGAUUCGGUUUCAGUAUGAGGUGCCGACCAGAGGCAAGCCCAUCGGCUGGGUCCCUCCCGAGUUCGUGCCGGCGGCGGCACCAGAGCCCGCCGUCGCCGUCGCCACGGCAGACGUAUCCUCCGCGACAGCAGCUGCUUCUCCGACCAACACACCCCACACAGCCACGCCUAACACCGCCGGGCCCUUGCAAAACGCACAGGAAUGCAAAGAUACGGCCGCUGCUGCGCAGACCCCACGAAACGGCCCCGAGCCCGCGGCCGCGGUGGACGUCGCCGCCACCACCACUAGUAGCAGCACCAACACACUCGUCAUGCCAAAUAGAUGCCACCGCCACCAGCCGAUGGCCCAAGACUCAACUCUCGCAGAGCACUCUCCCGCGCCUGCCGCGCCGGGCACGUUCAACUUCGACUACAACCCGCCCACGGACUCCGAGGCAGACGCUGAUUCCGACGACGACGACGACGACGACGAGGGUAGUAGUUAUGUACUCGACGACGAGCCGGCCGCUACUACGGUGGCUACUGGAGCUGCUGUCAUUGCUGCCGAGUGGGCGACGGGCAGGGAGGUCAUCGUUCUGGACUAG